AUGACUUUUCUUGACUCUGUUGUUCCCUCCGAAAGCUUGCCGGAACUAUCUGCUAUGCCGCCGCAGACUGGGGCUUCCACGGCGAGCCCGGUACCAGUUGAUCCCCCGUUGUGGGGGGCAGAUCCAGGUGAACGCCAAGCAACGGUUGGACGCCAAUCGCACCUCGCGGCCCCAGCUAGCCACUGUGCGGAAGGUACUAUUUCAGCGCAGCGAGUCGGUCAGCAUCCGAUCGACACACAGUUCAGAAAAUUCGUCAAUGAAGCGGAGAUCUGA